CACUACUGUCACUUUCUUCAUCAACCCAGACAAGCGGGGACAGUAUAUCUCGUCGACGAGGUCACAACCGGUGGAACCAUGACUCUCAGCAGCGAUCCGAACUUCCUGAAGCUGCAGCAGUGGUACCAGGCCCAUGGCCGCAGCCUCCGCAUUAGGUCGCUGUUUGAGGAGGAUCCGCAGAGAUUCAGUCAGUUCAGCACUACACUGGAGACAGACGAUGGAGACAUCCUGUUGGACUACUCUAAGAACCUGAUCAAUGAGGAAGUGAUGUCCAUGCUGGUCUCCAUGGCCAAGUCACGAGGGGUGGAGGAGGCGCGAGAGAAUAUGUUCAGUGGAGAGAAGAUCAACUUCACUGAGGGUCGAGCGGUCCUCCACGUCGCUCUGCGAAAUCGCUCUAACAAACCCAUCCUGGUGGAUGGUAAAGACGUGAUGCCAGAGGUGAACCAGGUCCUGGACAAGAUGAAGGGCUUCUGUCAGAAAGUUCGCAGCGGCGCCUGGCGUGGCUUCAGUGGGAAGAGCAUCACUGAUGUGGUCAACAUCGGCAUUGGAGGCUCCGACCUGGGUCCUCUGAUGGUGACCGAAGCUCUGAAGCCGUACUCAGCCGAAGGACCAAACGUCUGGUUCGUGUCCAACAUUGAUGGCACUCACCUGGCCAAGACACUCGCCAAACUCAAUCCGGAGACCACGCUCUUUAUCAUCGCCUCCAAGACGUUCACCACGCAGGAGACCAUCACCAACGCUGAGUCGGCCAGAGACUGGUUCCUGCAGGCCGCCAAAGACAAAUCUGCUGUGGCCAAACAUUUUGUCGCUCUAUCCACCAACGCUGCAAAAGUCUCAGAUUUUGGCAUUGACACUCAAAACAUGUUUGAGUUCUGGGACUGGGUUGGCGGUCGUUACUCUCUGUGGUCGGCCAUUGGUCUGUCCAUCGCCCUGCACAUAGGCUUUGACAACUUUGAGCAGCUUCUCUCCGGCGCUCACUGGAUGGAUCAGCACUUCCUCAAUACUCCUCUGGAGAAGAACGCUCCAGUCUUGCUUGCUCUGCUUGGCGUCUGGUAUGUGAACUUUUUCGGGGCAGAGACUCAAGCGCUACUGCCGUACGAUCAGUACAUGCACCGAUUCGCCGCCUACUUCCAGCAGGGCGACAUGGAGUCUAACGGGAAGUACAUCACCCGGAGCGGAGCUCGUGUGAACUACCAGACUGGUCCAAUCGUGUGGGGGGAACCUGGGACCAAUGGUCAACACGCCUUCUAUCAACUGAUCCACCAAGGAACCCGUAUGAUUCCUGCCGACUUCCUAAUUCCUGCUCAGUCCCAUCAUCCAAUCAAGGACAACCUCCACCACAAGAUCCUGGUCGCUAACUUUUUGGCUCAGACUGAAGCUCUGAUGAAAGGAAAGACGAGCGACGAGGCUCGGAAAGAGCUGAAAGCUGCCGGAAUGUCUGGCGACGCCCUGGAGAAGCUGCUGCCACACAAGGUGUUUGAAGGAAACAAACCAAGCAACUCUAUUGUCUUCAAGAAGUUGACUCCGUUCGUCCUUGGAGCUCUGAUUGCGAUGUAUGAACACAAGAUAUUUGUCCAGGGUGUGAUUUGGGACAUCAACAGCUACGACCAGUGGGGGGUGGAGUUGGGGAAACAGUUGGCUAAGAAGAUUGAGCCUGAACUAAAGGACCAAUCAGAGAUCUCCUCCCACGACUCCUCCACUAAUGGACUCAUCAACUUCCUGAAGAAAAACUUUGCCUAAGCCUCACCUGGCCACGCCUCCUCCUGCUCUGCCCCCAGUCACCUCCUCUCCUCUGUCGUUGUCCGACUGAAUGAGGAUCCAGCACUUUGGUGUCAGUUAGUGGAAAAGUACACACGUACACACACACACGAUACACACUCUGAACCACACACACUGGUGUCGUCCUGUUUGUUUCUCGUUGUCUUUGUUGUCAUCAGAGUUUUAUCGUUAAUUAAAGGGAUCAAUAAUCAA